GCUCGCGCCACGCCGGCGAGUGACCACCCGCGGGAGGACAGAGAUGCCCACCAUGAGGCCGCUGCUCUGCCUGCUGCUGUGCGGCUGGUGCGGCGCGGUGCCGCUGGUGUCGUCCUCUAGCGGCCGCCAGGGGGCGCCCCCGGCCGGUCGCCAGGUGGCGCCGAGUCAGCAGAUCCUGGGCGAGCUACAGUACCUGUUCCGGCAGGCGGCUGCCGGUCAGCAGCCGCCCGCCGAGUACGGCGCCGCGCGCGAGGAGCUCGAUCAGAUGCUCGCAGGGCUGGACCAGCUGGCGGCCGUGGUACCGAGCGCACAGCACCAGCCGCCCGUCCAGCCCGCUGCGCCCACAAUGACCACAGAGCAGCCUGCAGAUAAGCCCAUCAUAGACCCAGGACUGUUCGUGAUCCAGGGUGUGCAGACCUGCGGCGCCGGUGCCGGCUACUGCGUGCUCGGCUACAACUGCUCUUCCGACAACGACUUCGAGGACGAUGCGAGCGGCCACUGCCACGGCUUGCGCACCGCCUUCACUCCGUCCGUCGAGUUCUCCUGCUGUCGCUUCGACGCGGAGCGCCGGCGCACGGCGACGCCGCGGCCCACGCCCACCACGACAGAGGGCACCACCUUCGAUGACGGUCUGGUCGACUCGAUCGUCAACUUCGGCGACGAGAUGCCGGAGGAGCCGCAUGGCGAGAACAGCCAGAUCGUCGACAUCGUAGCCAUCAUCACGGACAGCACGGGCAUUGUGGACAUCGUGACGCGGCCUUACACGGGUCCCUGGCCGCCGAGCGAGGAGCAGGGUGGUGGCGCCGUUACGCUUCCGUUCGCUAAGCCGGGCGAGACGUUCGAGCCCGGCUCUAUGGUCGGCCUCGGCCAGAACAACGUGAACCUGGGCACGACGUCGCUGCCGCCGGCGCCAGACGCAUUCCAAGCGGGUGACCUGCCGCCGCCGGAGGAGGAGGCCUCGCUGCCGGCCGGCGCAGACGUGCUGCUCACCACGGCCGCCACCACGCCGGCCAGCGUGGCGACGAGCACGCCGCCAGGUGAGCCGAGUACGGCCGCGGCCGAGCCGCCGCCGCAGCAGCUGGGUCCGCUGGCCAACGUGCCCGUCAUGGACCAGAACCUGGACUACAUCGGCGACGUCGACUACGACCAGCACCUGCUGCCGGCGCUGAUGCCAAUCCGGCCCGGCACCAAAGCCGGCGGCGUGGAGGCGACGCUGGAGGGCAGCGGCGACGCGCCCGCGCCCGGCGACGACCUGCUGCCGCUGGCGGCUGACGUCGCCAUCGAGGGCUCCGGCUCCGGGGCAGAGGCGGAGGCGGAGGCGGAAGCGAUGCACGAGCAGGCGCCCGAGGAGUCGACCCCGGCACCGCAGAUUCCGGCGGAUGCAGUCACGGCAGAGCGCCCCGCAGGCGCCGUGACAGCCACGCCAGAGGAGGACGCCGCGCAGACCGGCGGUGCCUCGGGCUCCGGCGCUUCUGCGGAACGGCCCCCAUCGACACAGCCCGCCGCGGAACUGGAGGAGUUCAAAGCCGGGAGUGCCCAGGAGGCAGAGCUGAAGGCGCCGCCGCAGAACGCGCACGGCUCUGUGGCGCUGAGCGCGGCCAUGGGCAGCCUCUCCACGUCCGUCCGCCCGCCAGUCUGCGGCAUGAUGGGCUCGUCACUCGCCAGUCUGCUGGCGCGCAGUCGAUACCGCCACCGCGGC